GGUGGUGAUGGUGGCGGUUCAUCGCCACGUUGUAAAGCCGCUCGGCCAAAACAGCGACUCGGCGAUCAACUGCGCGACGAUGAGACGAUCGAAUGACUCACAACAUUCGAGAAUAUGAGG